AUGGAGCCAAUAUUUAAUAUUAAUGUAUUGUUCGUAGAACGCGCAGAUCUGUCUUGUUUUUUUCUGUUCUGUAUAAUCGAAGUGUAUUCAACUCAUAAAAAAAAAACAACAAAAUGGAUGCUAAGAAAUUAUUAAACAUUCUAUUCGAUGAAAAUAUGGAGGAAACAUAUCCAGAUAAUUAUUCUAACUAUUCAGGGGAAUCAAAUUGCGAACUUGUCUGCUCGAGGGCGGUGAAGGAAUUGCUCGAGCAUUCUGUAGAAGUCGAAGUUUUCACCAAGAUUUUUCAAAUUAAGGACGAACAAUUAAAGAAUGCGAAUGAUAAGAUAACAGAGCUUCAGAAAAAAAUAUGUUUUUACGAGGAACGGAUAAACAUUUGCAACCAGAAAAUUAAAGAGAAGGACGAAUUAUUAACCUCCUUGUCGGCAGGUUCAACGUCUAUUAAAAAUACAAUCGAUAAUUUAAUGGAUUUGCUAAAGAAAAAUCAGCAAAACAAUUAUGAAACUGAUGAACAUAAGGUUCCAAUUGAUUAUUUAAAUGAUGAGGACAUUUCCGAAAUCGAAAACAUAUCUCAAAAAGAGACUAGUACAGAACUCAAUAAACUGUCUACUAAUAAGAUCAAUAAACCAACUAAAUCCACCAUCAACAAAUUAGAGGAAACAAUUAAAAAUUUAUCUGACAAAGUCAUUGAGAAAGACGAAAAAUUGUCGGAUUUAAUUAAAAAGCUUGACGAUUUUGAAAAUGGUUUACGAAUUUGCAUUCCGUAUGGCACAGCGAAUGCAUUAAUGUUCAUUCCACAUACACCACCUUUUAAAGUUAAUGUGGAAAAAUAUAAUAAACUUGGUUAUAUUAUUAUUCAAAAUCGGACCAACGAAACAUAUAGCUUUAAAAGAAGUUUACAAGAAUACUGCGAAGGAUUUGGUAAAUCUCGCGACGAUUUUUGGAUUGGAUUGGAAACAAUUCACAAAAUAACAAACUAUCAACCACAUGUUCUUAGAAUUCAAAUAUGGGACUAUAGCGAAGAACAAUAUUUUGCUGAAUAUGACAACUUUGUUGUUGGCGGGAAAGAUGAAAACUACAAGCUAAAGUCAUUAGGUGAUUACAAAGGAAAUGCCGGCGAUAUGAUGCGUUUUAAUGAAAAUAAGGAAUUCCAGGUGUGCCCCAAAUUAGGGGGGGGUGGUGGAGCCAAGAGGUUGAAGCUUCAAAUUGCAAUUUAAACGGGGAACUGUCUGAGAAAGUAAUAACCAAUAAGUUUGAUUUCAUUUAUUGGGGACUGAUGAAUUGGGGAAAAUCGUGCCACAAUAUUGCUUAUGUCCAAAUCGGAAUAACUCCUAAAGCCGCUUACCUUAAAAAAGAACUUACAACUAUAAAAUCUAAUAGCUGAAUUGGUAAAAAAAAAUGUUAGUGUUCUAUUUUUUUAAGUUUUGAAUAAUGCCACAUUUUUAAAUAAAGCAAGAUAGAAAAUCGAAUAUUCGAUCGAUGGUACAAUAUCGAUAGCAGAGUUAUAUUUGAUCGGUGUUAAAAAUUUCGAUUAUUAAUCAGCUGUUUAUUGCCCUAUCACGUACGCAAGAAGCCAGUUGUGUAGUUUUGUUAAUUUUCUUUGACUGCCGAGAUAAUGGAUCCUAAGAAAUUGAACAUUGUAUUAGAUGAAAAUGCUAUGGAACAUUCAUCGGAUAACUUUUCUUUUAAUUUGGGGAAUUCCCGAAAUUACACCCCAUGCGAAGUUGUCUGCGCUAGGAAAGUAAAAGAAUUUUUCGAAAAUUCAAUUGUUACACGAAAUGAAUUCGAAGAAUUUACUAAAAUUCUUCAAAUAAAGGACGAUCAAAUAAAGAAUGCGGAAGAUAAGGUAACUGAGCUUGAAAUAAAAUUAUCAGUCUAUAAGGAGCGGAUAAACAUUUACAACCAAAAAAUGAAAGAUAAGGAUGAUUUGAUAGCCGUAUUAUCUCAUGAAUCGUCUUCAAUUAAAACUAAAUUUGACAAAUUAAUGGAAAUUCUUAUUGCUAAUAAUCAACCGUUCACAAAUAAUGAUGAAAUUGUCGAAUCUACUGAUAAUAUCGUACACGAAGAAGGCCACAUUUCUCCAUUAGAAAUUACUGAAGAACUAAAUGACUUAACAAUUAAUGACAUCAAUGAUCCAUUGAAACCCACCAUUAAAAAACUAGAGGAGACUAUUGCUUUUCUAACUGCCAAACUAACUGAAAAAGACGGGAAACUUUUAGAAUUAUCCGAAAAGCUUUUGAAAUGGGAAGGCCGCCUACGAAUUGCAAUUCCAUAUGGAACUUCAAGACAAAUUCUACAUAUUCCAAACACAGCUCCCCUUGAAGUUGUAGUGGAGCCUUUUAAAGGACGAGGAGCCAUCAUUAUUCAAAAUAGGUUAAUUGGAAAAUUCAGUUUUGAUAGAGACUUGAAAGACUAUUAUGAAGGAUUUGGCGACAUUUUCAGUAAUUUUUGGAUUGGAUUGGAAUACAUUCAUAGAAUAACGUCGAGUCAAAGGCAUGUUCUUAGAAUUGAUAUGUUCGCUUAUUGCGGAAAAAAAUAUUUCGCUGAGUAUGACAACUUCACUGUUGCGGGUAAAGAAGAAAAUUACAAGCUAAAAUCACUGGGUAAAUACACUGGAAACGCAGAUGACAUGAUGCGUUUCAGUGAAAAUCAGGAAUUUCAGUAAUUUAAACGGAAAAACUUCGAGUGACAUCAAAGAGAAUGACUUUGAAUACAUUUACUGGGGGCUUAAGGAUUGGGGAAAUAAAUGUCAAAACGUCUCCGGAGUCAAAAUGGUAAUAUU